AUGUCCGCUGAAAUGACCGAGCUGCACCAUCUGCUCAUCCAUGCCAUGCUAUUACGACGCGUGGCUCCUUACGAGAAAUGGUUGGAGGUGUGGAAGAAAUCGGCUGGUAUUCUUGGAACUGAAGUGACAGAUGGUGCUUUUAUUUCUUUUUACGGAGAAAUCAACGAGCGAAUCGAACGAUUUGGUUUCCGUAUCGAUAUCCUUUCCGACGAAGGUCUAGGACCAAUCGAUAUGGAUGAAAUCGAACAAGAAUCCAGUAGUACUCGACGUCUAAAGACGAAACGUUGGAUGGCCAUGGUUAACACUAGAUCAGAUGGGACUGCAAAAUUUGGAACUGAUUUCAAUCCGACCGAGAUUAGCUUGUAUAAGAAGAUGGUCGACCGGAUUAUUCUUUCAGCAAAUUACAGAUAUUGCAUUUCUCAUCAUGACUGCUUACGACUUACUUCUACCUUGAAACCAGUCAUGAAAAAGAGUGAUGCCGAAAAAUUCUUAUGCGUAUUGGUCAACCGAGGCUGGUUAUCAAAAUCCAGAACUGGCUGCUAUUCCCUCUCGAUCCGAUCAAAACUAGAAUUGAAAUCGUACAUCGAUGAAAACUACAACGAGGAAGACAGGCCACCGCAAUGUGCUGCAUGUAGAGAAAUAGUCAUGCGAGGGUUCAAAUGUCCGAAUUCGGAAUGUCCGAAAGCAAUGCAUGUAAUGUGUAUAGUUAACCAAACGAAACAAGCCCACGUAUGUCCAUCAUGCAAAAGCCCAUUCAAUUACAACACUAUGAUAGGAGAAGAUGCGCCGAAAGGAGCAAGUCGAGCUACUGUAGAUGAAGGCGAUGCGGAAAACACAUCGACUCAAAUCACGAUCGAACGAAAUGAAAGACGACGGAGUAAACGGUCUCGACUUCAAUCAACCCAAGAGCUAGAUGAGGAAGAUGAAGAUGACGGUUGA